CAAUGUUGCGCAAUAUUAAUUUUCCGAACCUCGAAGGAAAAAAUGUACAUGCAUCAUAAAAACUAAGUGUGUGAUACAUUGUUGAUAUAAAAAUAAUUGAAUCAAAAAAAUUGGUUUAAGAGUUACAAGUAACACAGUAAUAAUGAAUAAAACAUUUGAUUUAGUUUUCGUAAAUCAAAAUUAUCAGGCCCAAACAUCUGAUGCGGUCAGUGUUACCCGAGGCGAUUUGGUUGAACUAGUAAAUACAAUAUCUAAUAUUGGAGAAAAAAGAUGCUUUAUCAGAGUAUUUGAUGGAGUAAAUUCGGUGAAAGAAGGCUUGGUUCCAAUGGAAAUAUUAGAAGUUAAUACAAACGCGUUAGCUUUAGAUACAAACGCAAAUGCUGCAGACUUGGAAUUUAGAAAAAGAACCAUCGUUGGGGAGCUUAUUGAAACUGAAGAAGAAUUCUCAAGAGAUUUACAAUAUGUAGUCGAUAAGUAUAUAAAAUCCAUAGAUAAACCUACUACUCCAAGGUCUAUACGGGACAAUAAAGAUAUUAUCUUUUGUAACAUUAUGCAAAUUGCGGAAUUUCACAAUAUGGUUCUAAAAGAGGGCCUUAAAAAUUAUAGGCACCAACCUGAAAUGAUAGCAAAAACAUUUUUAAGACUCGAGCGUGAUUUUGAUAAGCAUGUGAUAUAUUGCCGAAAUGAGCCACUUGCUCAAGAGUUUCUUUCAAACAAUGUAGAAAGCCUAAACUUUUUCCAGGAACUUUCAGCAAAGCUAGACGACGAUAAAUCGCUAUCUGAGCACUUGAAACUCCCUCUUCAGAGAAUCAACGACUACAAACUCCUGUUUAAGGACCUAAUUAAAUUAUCUGAAUGCUUUAAAGAGAAUGUUAGGGACCUAGAAAGAGCUUUAGAACUAAUGCUAACCGUGCCAAGUAGAGCAUAUGAUAAUGUAUUGAUUUCAAGCAUUGAGGGAUAUAGAGGUAACAUUUAUAAGUUGGGCAGGCUAUUGUUGCAUGAGUCUUGCUUAGUUACCGAUAAGGAUGGUAAAUCACAUGAUCGAUAUUGUUUUUUAUUUAAAUCAAGACUUUUAAUAACAAAGGCUCGAAAAAUAUCAGAAAAAAAGUCGAUAUUUAUUUUGCAAAAUAUUAUAAAGCUUCCUUUAUGCGAUAUUAAGAACAUAUUAGAGGAAAAGCAAAUCUAUCUCUCAUUAAAAACUGAAGACGAAAAAUCAAAUAUUAAUAUUUUUAUAAAGCCUCAUAAUGAGGAAAAUCAUCUAACUUGGUACAAUGAAAUCAAGUCAUAUAUUGACCACGAAGUGACUCUGCAAGAACACAACGCAGAUGAUCUUAAAGUCGAUCCUACAAAUAUAUCUAGUGAAAGUGAAUUAAUUCUUCGGCUUCCCCAAAAAGUUGAAGCUUGUAAUCCAAAUUUAGGCAUACGUCCAUCUGAUGUAGCCGACAACUACUUUUUAAGUAAGGAAACAAAAGAACGUCUUCAGCUUGAACAACAAGAGCUAAAAAAAAUUGAGCAAGAAGCAAUUGAAUUAUUUAGAAGCCAACAGAACCAACAAAAUAUUGGAUAUCAAAAGGUCCAAAUACCUGAAUUAAAAGAUCAUUUUCAUACUGAGUUUGUUUUAGAAAGUUGCUCAUAUGCAAAGUUGCAAGACAGUACAGAUCAAAAUAAUGCAAAAGAAAUUAAGAAUAUUGCGUUAGAUGAUGAAAAGUUUCAGGGUCAUUUAGAACUUGAAUCUAAUAAAAACUCUAUAAAGCUUAUUGACAAUGCAACUGUGAUUAAAGAGUGUGCCUUAGAUGUUCAACACACUGAGUCUACAACUGUAGUUGAUGAUAAAAAACGCCAAGAAGUUAUUGAUAUAAACAUUAUUCAACUCAGUGAUGGUAACAGAGAAGAUUCAGAUAAUUUUAGUGCAAUAGAGAGUUCUGAAAAAGUUGAUAUACAGCAACAAAAUAUAUCAGAGGGAAGUAGUAGGUCCAGGGACGAUGUUAGGGGCACUUCCUACGAUAGUACUUACGAUAAACACGUAAGCUACGUAACUGGUGCAAGACGUGAUCGAAGUACAUUGGAUAGAAUUGAAGCACGUUCAUCCCUCUUAGCUUCCAGUCGAGCUGAGAGUCGUGCAGAAAGUCAAAUCAGCCGUAAGCGUGCAUCUUCGCAUCUAAUUGACGAUCAGCCUCAACGCUGUAUUGAGAAACCUGUGAUUAUCAAAAUGUUGAAAAGUGUACAUGUUGAGUGCGGAGAGACAGCGCACUUUGAAAUUCAGUUUAAAGAUCAGCCAGGCUUAGUUACAUGGCUGAAGGAUAACAAGACCUUGGACGAUCGUUUAGCGGAUCGGAUUGUCCAAACAAGUGCUCCAAUGAAUUCCUAUCGCUUGGAUAUCAAAAAUUGCAGUGAGAAUGACGCUGGAACGUAUACUGUUCGCGCACAAUCAGGCUCUGAUACAACGAGUGUGACAGCUCAGCUUGCUGUUGGUCAAGCUUCUGGCCAUGACGAAUCUAAAACUAAUGUGUCACCAGCAUUUCUAGUUAGCUUAAAGGAUGCUGAAAUGAUUGAAAACACUCUGUUUCGUUUCAUGAUAAAAAUUCUAGGCGAUCCAAAACCAAAAGUACAGUUCUUUAAGAAUCAAAAGGAAAUUCUGGAAAGCAGUGAUAGAAUUCAAAUUAUUAGAGAUAAGGAUUAUUUGGGAUUCUACGAAUUGGUCAUUGCAGAUGUUCAGAAGGAUGAUGCUGGAAUAUACUCCUGCAAGGCAACCAACAAGUUUGGUGAAGCCUCGUGUGAAGCUCAAGCAACUACAGUGGAAUAUAAAAACCCAUUUGGAGCUUUAAGUGGUCAAAUUUUACAGUCUGGAGAAAAAUCCAUUUUUUCGUGGAAACGCAACGGACAAGAUUUUGAUCCAGAGGAACGAUUUAAAGUUCUCUUUGGCGAAGAUGAGGAUUCUCUAGCUUUAGUAUUUCAGCAUGUCAAGCCUGAAGACGCUGGAAUAUAUACGUGCGUUGCACAAACUUCAACUGGAAAUAUAUCCUGCAGUGCAGAGCUAUCUGUUCAGGGUGCCAUUCAAACUUUAAAUAGGGAACCGGAAAAGCCUUCCCUAGUAAUUGAACAUCGAGAAGCAAACACAAGUUUGGGAGCGUCUGCCAUUCUCGAACUUCAAUGCAAAGGUUUUCCCAAGCCAGCAGUGCUUUGGAAACAUGAAGGUGAAAUCAUUGAAGUUGAUGAAAGACAUAAAUUUAUGUUUGAAGACGAAGAAAGCAUGUCAUUGGUUAUAAAAAGUGUAAAUACUGAGGAUGCUGGAGAAUAUACUAUUGAAGCUGUGAACGAGCUCGGACAGGAUACAGCAUCUAUUAAUUUAACCGUGAAAGCUCCUCCCAAAAUAAAGAAAAUUGAGGAUAUCGCUUGCUUAGCUGGUGAAACAGUACGCAUGGAAAUAGAUGUUGAAGGAUCCCCACAGCCAAGUUUUAGUAUAACCAAAAAUGGAAAGGAUGUAUCGGAUGAAAGUAAUAUAAAAAUUUCAUCUACUUCAAUUGGAAAAGGAUCAACAAAAGUUUUUAUCGAAAUUUCUGACGUUAAACUAUCUCAAUCUGGACAUUAUUCUAUUAAAGCCACAAAUGAUCUGAGUCAAACUUCAGAGUAUUGGAACUGUACAGUUAAAUCCAAACCAAUAUUUGUAAAAUGUUUGGAAAGUGAAUAUAUUCACGGCGAAAAAGAAACUGUAAAUAUGUCAGUGCGAGUAGAUGCAUUCCCCGAACCAAAACUAACUUGGUAUCACGAUAAUACUGAAAUAAAAUUGACCGACACAAAAUAUAAAAUGGAUUGUGACGGGAAUACUUACACUUUAAAAAUUACUGGUGCCACUCGAGUCGAUGCUGGAAAAUAUUCCGUUAAGGCAGUAAACGAGCACGGCUCAGCAACUAGCGAAACGCAAUUACUUAUGAAAUGUACUCCAGAACUAACAAAAAAAUUACACAAUAUUACUGUGCAGGAAGGCGAGUCUAAUGUUGAACUCGUAGUUGGAAUAGAUGCCUACCCUCGUCCGCAUACAAAAUGGUUUAUUGAUGGUAUUGAAAUCGACGAAAACCGUAACGAUUGUCACCAAUCAAUUGAUGGAAAUAAUUAUAAAUUAGUUCUUAAUGACGUUUCCGUUAAUAGCCAAGGAAACUACUGUUGUAAAAUAAUGAAUGAUUAUGGAAUACUGGAAGACAGCUGUUCUGUGACUGUUAACUGUAAACCGAAAAUAAGAAGACCGCUUAAGGAUGUUGAGGUAAAUGAAGGAAGUUCCCUAACCUUAGAAGUUGAAAUAUACAGCAAUCCAGAUGCCAAUGUAAAAUGGUUUAAGAAUGGGCAUGAAAUUCAUGAAGAUGCAAACAUCAAAAUCAUAAGGGAUUCCCAACGUAUUGAAAAUUAUUACUUAACUUUAAAUCUUGCUAAAGUUGAAGACUCUGGCACAUACGAAGUGAAGGCAUCAAAUUUCAUUGGAGAGACAACAUCAAGUUGCAAGGUUAUAGUUUUGAACAACGACUGUAUAUCCAUGGAACAAACCGUGACAAAUGCAAUGAUUGCUACUACAGAAAAAUCAGAGGAUGGGGCGGUACCCGAAAUUCUUCACAUUGAUGUUUUUCAAAUACACAGUUUUGAAAGCCUUCCCCUUAAAUAUGAAGUCAUCGCCAAAGGUAUACCUAAGCCGGAGGCAAUGUGGUAUCACGAUGGGAAGCCUCUUACUUCUGACGAACAUUUUGGUAUAGCUGUUGAUGGGGAUCGUUAUAAAUUGGAAGUAAAGUCAUUAGACCUUAAGGAUGCCGGUGAAUACAAAGUAGUAAUAAAAAAUAAGUGCGGGGAAAAAAGCCACCAAGGAGUACUAUCGCUGUCAAGUGCAGCAGAAUACAGGAAACCCAAACAAAUCUCAAGCAGCGGGCUACGAGAUAUCAAAAUAAGGAAGGGAGAGAACGUUAAUGAAAGUGUGAUACUUACAGCGGAUCCAUUACCCGAAAUAACUUUGUUUAAGGAUGGAGAGAAGGUUCCUGAAGAUGAAAAACAUAUAUUAAAAAUUGAAUCAAAAGACUUGGAAAACGGACUUGCACAAUAUACGUGCACAAUCAAUAUAUUGGGAGCUGACAUUAAGGAUUCAGGCCGUUAUGAGCUCAAAGUAAAAAACAAAUAUGGAGAACUGACAACAAAUGGCUAUAUAGACGUAUUAGCGAAACCUGAAAUUUCUGGUUUGAAGAACCAUAAAUGCUUGCCAGGUCAGUCUGUCUGCUUUGAAGCAUUAGUGCUUGCCAACCCGAAACCAAAAGUUUCGUGGACUCGGGGAAAUGAAAACCUUUGCAACAAAGAGAGCUGUGAGGUCAUCGCCGAUGUUGAUGCAGAUAAGUACCGAAUUGUUUUCCCGUCAGUUACACCAAAAGAAGACGGCAAAUAUUCAAUUGCAGCAGUAAAUUCAGAAGGAAGAGCUGACAGCGAAUUUUAUUUGCAAGUGCUUGUUGAAAAGCCAUCUUUUAUAGUUCCACCAGAAAACCAAAUAAUUCACGACUUACAGCCUGUUUCAACAAGAGUAGUAGUGCAUGGAGUUCCUACACCAUAUAUUGAAUGGUUUAAAGAUGACAAGCCUAUUGACUUUGAAACUGUUGAAAAGCUUUCCCAGGAAAAGGCCUACAGCGCUAAAUCUACAAACACAACACCCGAUCAAGUUGAGGGUAUAUUUGGAAUAUCGAAAUUUAAGGAAAAUAAUGCUGGAACGUACACAUGUGUUGCUAAAAAUGAAGUGGGCGAAACCAAAAUAUCAUUUGAAUUGGGCUUGCAAGCCCUUCCACCAAACUUUACGAAAAAACUUAACAGUGCAUUAGACGUUCUACAGGAUGAGCCUCUUGUUCUAGAAUGUUCACUGGAUGGCAGUCCUUUACCAACAGUUCAAUGGCUUAAGGAUGGUGAUGAAAUCAAGGCUAGCCCAAGAUUAAAAUUAUCCUCAACACCAGAAGGAAUGGUAAAAUUGGAAAUCGAAAAGUGUCAACCAAACGACUCUGGUGCCUACAAAUUAGUAAUUUCUAAUCCACAUGGACAAAAAGUAGCAUUGUGCGCUGUUGCUGUUAAACCAAAAGAAAUGCAUCCGAAAUUCCUGAAGCCCCUUGAAAAUCAGUCUAUCAUUGUUGGAGAACCAUUGAAAUUAACCUCUCAAGUCAUCGGCUUUCCUGCCCCCGAAGUAAAGUGGUAUAAGGAUGGUAUGCUUCUACGCCCUAGCUCAAACAUUAAUUUUAUUAAUAAUCCCAAUGGACAAAUCGGUUUGAGUAUUGAUUCAGUCGAUGCAAACGAUGCUGGAAUAUAUAAAUGUAUAAUUAUUAAUAAGGAAGGCGAAGAAGAAGGCGCUGCAAAAGUGGAAAUAGUUGCUAAAGAAUCCAAGCCUGCAUUCAUUUCCGAGCUUCAAGAUGCAGCAAGUGUUGAAGGAUUUCCUGUCAAAAUGGAUGUAAAGGUUAUAGGAAGCCCAAAACCAAAUCUUCAAUGGUUUCAUAACGGUCAUGAAAUAUUGCCUGAAAACGGACAUAUUUCUAUUAUGGAAAACCCUGACAGUACUUUCAGCUUAGUUUUAGAUAAAACUGUUCCAUCAGAUUCCGGAUUAUAUGAAAUUAUUGCUAAAAACUCAGAAGGAUCAACCUCCUCUAAGGCAAAACUGUAUAUUUCUCCAAAAACAGACGAAACAUCUACAGAAGAAGCCCCACAAUUCGUUUCAGGUCUAAGGGAUGUGAAUGCAGACGAAGGGGAAGAGCUCAUAUUAUCUGCACCGUUUAUAGCAAAUCCAAUGCCAGAGGUAAUGUGGUCCAAGGAUGGAGUUCUUUUAAGCCCAAGCGAGCGCUUGUUAAUGACUUGCGAUGGCAAACACGUUGGUCUAAAUAUAAAACCAGUAAAAGCCUCAGACUCGGGCAAUUACUCUUGUCUGUUAGCUAACCCCUUAGGAGAGGAUUCAUCUUUAUGUAAUGCAAAUGUAAGAAAAGUUUACAAGCCACCAAUAUUUACCCAAAAAAUAUCAGAUCAACAACAAGUUUUUGGAAAUAACGCCAAAAUUCCAGUAACUGUUUCUGGUGUCCCAUAUCCAGAACUUACAUGGUUCUUUGAAAAUAAGCCAAUAGAGAUAUCGGAAAAAUACGCUAUUAAAAAUGAUGGAGAUCAUCACCUACUUAUAGUCAAUAAUUGUCAAGCGACUGAUAUAGGUGAAUAUAAAUGUAUUGCCUCCAAUAAAGAAGGUAAAGAUAUUACCCAAGGUCGCUUAGAAGUUGUUAAUGAACUUAAAAAGCACAUGCGGUCUGAAGCACCAGUAUUUCUUAAGAAAAUUGGAGAUUGUGAUGUCUACGAAGGUAUGACAGCGAAGUUUACUGCUUGUGCAGCAGGUUAUCCGGAACCAGAGGUGGAAUGGUUUAAAAAUGAUCAAAAACUGUUUCCAUCUGAAAAAAUUGAAGCUGAAAAAGAAUCAAAUGGUCUUUUACGUUUAACUAUCAAAAAUGUUACGGAAGCUGACGUAGGACGCUAUUCCUGUCGAAUAUACAACCCUUAUGGCGAGGAAGUCUGUAAUGCCGAAUUACUUUAUGAUGUCAUAGAUUCGCAUCAACGUCCUUUGGGAGAGCAGUACACAGACUUUAAGCAGUAUAAAAAAACCGGUGCUCCACCUCCUCUACCGGAUGGUCCUAUUAUAUCACGAAUGACAGAUCGGCGUCUUUUAUUAUCCUGGAAACCGUCGGUACCAUUAACCCCUCGAUAUCCUGUCACAUAUCAGGUCGAAAGACUCGACUUACCAGAUGGUGAUUGGCAUACAAUAAGAACUGGAAUCCGUAGUUGUGCAUGUGAUAUUAAAAACCUUGAACCGUUUAGGGAUUAUAAGUUUAGAAUACGCGUAGAAAACAAAUUUGGCGUAAGCGACCCUAGUCCGUACACUCAAACAUUUAGGCAUAAUCUUAUACCAGAUCCUCCGAAGACAUACACCUAUUUGCCUCCGGGUACUGACUUCAGACCAGAUACUUCACCUUACUUCCCUAAGGACUUUGAUAUUGAACGGCCACCACACGACGGAUUGGCCCAACCUCCUCAAUUUUUACUUCGCGAAAAUGAUAUAUCCUAUGGAGUCAAAGGACAUAAUACUGAACUGAUGUGGUUUGUGUAUGGUUAUCCUAAGCCAAAGAUGACCUAUUAUUUUAACAACAUUCAAAUAGAAUCUGGUGGUAGAUUUGAUCAGAGCUACACUCGCAAUGGGCAGGCUACUCUAUUCAUUAACAGCAUGUUAGAUCGAGAUGUUGGGUGGUAUGAAGCAGUCGCUACUAAUGAACAUGGUGAGGCAAGACAACGAGUACGACUUGAAAUCGCUGAGUACCCACGAUUUACAAAAAGACCUGAUGAAACGUUUAUAAUGGCUCGGAAAAAUGGACGUAUUGAAGCUAGAAUAACUGGAAUUCCAAUUCCAGAAGUUCGUUGGUAUAAAGAUUGGAAACUUUUAGCUGAUUCUUCCCGUAUAAAGAUGCACUCCUAUGACCCCGAUGUAUACAUACUAUCAAUACAUGACUCAAUAAUUAAAGAUGGCGGCUUAUACUCAGUUAGCGCAAGAAAUGUAGCUGGCUCUAUUAGUACCUCUGUGACUGUGCAUAUAGAAGAAAAUGAAGACCAGUAUAUUUAUAAGACCUAUGGAAGGCAUCCAUAUGUUCGAUCAAAGCAAUUACGAUAUGAAGACAAAUAUGAUAUUGGCGAUGAGCUCGGCCGUGGAACUCAAGGAAUAACUUAUCAUGCCGUUGAACGCGCGACAGGAAAUAAUUAUGCAGCGAAAAUAAUGCAUGGAAAGCCAGAACUCCGACCAUUCAUGUUGAAUGAACUCGAUAUGAUGAACAUGUUUAAUCAUAAAAAUUUGAUACGUCCUUAUGAUGCGUAUGAAAAUGAUCGAUGUGUCACACUAAUAACGGAACUAGCUGCUGGAGGGGAACUUGUUAAGGAUAAUUUACUUAAGCGGAAUUAUUAUACAGAGCGAGUUAUUGCUAAUUACAUACGCCAAGCUUUAUGGGGCCUGGAGCAUAUGCAUGAUUUGGGAGUUGCUCACAUGGGCUUGACGAUUAAAGAUUUGUUAAUUUCAGUUGUUGGCAGUGAUUAUAUAAAAGUUUCAGAUUUUGGUUUAUCCCGAAAAAUAAAUAAACAUAAUUUAUCAACAUUGGAUUACGGAAUGCCGGAAUUCGUUUCUCCGGAAGUUGUUAAUAAAGAAGGUGUAAGCUUCUCACACGAUAUGUGGUCAGUUGGUUUAAUCACUUACAUACUGCUUAGUGGCAGAAAUCCGUUUCAAGGAGUUGACGAUAGGGAAACAUUAACAAAUAUUCGCGAAGGUCGCUGGGAUUUCAAAGAUAAUAUAUGGACACACAUUUCUGAAGAUGGUCGCGACUUUAUAAGCCGGCUACUUGUUUACAGUCCCGAAGAACGUAUGGAUGUUAAAACAGCAUUAAAGCAUCCUUGGUUCUUCAUGCUGGAUGGUCCAGACUCCCUUGACGAUUUCGAAAUUGGAACUGAUCGGUUGAAAAAUUACUAUGGUCACUUUAGAGACUGGUAUGCAAAUGCUUCUUGUAAAAAUUACUUCCGAAGACGUCGACUAAGUGGCUGCUUCCAACAUCCUUCUAAAAUGGUAUACCCUUGUGGUCAUUCAUACACACCUGAACAUACCCCCGAGCCUUUACCGGAACCAAGAAAUAGAAGCAAACGCGAUGAACCCGUUUCUAAAUUUUUGCAUCCCGAUUAUGAGUUAGGCCUUAUACAAUCUGAAAGCCACUAUCAAUAUGGUCCCGAUACUUAUUUAUUACAAUUAAGAGAUGUGAGUUUCCCUGUAAGAUUGCGGGAAUACAUGAAGGUAGCCCACAGACGAUCACCAUCAUUUGCGUUAAACGAUUCAGUUGAUUGGUCGCUUCCAGUAAUUCGUGAAAGACGACGAUUUACUGAUAUAAUGGAUGAAGAAAUUGAUGACGAGCGAACAAGAAGUCGAAUAAGCAUGUACUCUGCAAAUGAUUCAUAUUCUAUAAGACGCCUGCGAACCGAACUUGGACCUCGUUUGAAUGAAUACACAGAGGCCGACGCAAUGAUAGAAUGUCAGCGUGAUGGCUACCCACCCUUUUUUAGAGAAAAACCACAAACCAUUGCUAUUAUGGAAAAUAAGCCAGCGCAUAUACACUGCUUUGCAGUUGGCGAUCCUAAACCAUGCGUACAAUGGUUUAAAAAUGAUAUGGUUGUAAAUGAAAGUAAGAGGAUAAAAAUAACUUUUGAUGAGGAUGGUCGAUCAAUACUGCGAUUUGAACCAGCAGUUCAUUACGACGUAGGAAUCUAUAAAGCAGUUGCUAGAAAUAAAGUUGGUCAAACUGUGGCAAGAUGUCGUAUAGUGAUUGCAACUCUUCCCGAUGCCCCUGACUCACCGGAAGUAUCAGCAACAAGUGCAACAGAAAUACUUCUUAGAUGGAAACAACCGCGCGAUGAUGGGCACUCUCCAGUCUUAUGUUAUAGUCUUCAAUACAAAAUGCUUAGUUCGGAUACGUGGACAACUGUAGCUGAUAAUAUUGAUCAUGAAUUUUACCUUUUACAUGAGCUUGUUCCUAACACAAAUUAUCAAAUUCGAUUGGCGUCGAAAAAUCGCAUUGGUUGGAGUGAAAUGGGAAUACCCGUUAAUGCAUCUACUUCGGGAACGGAAUCUCCAAAAGUCCACAUUACCAAAGCUAUGAAGCAUUUACAAAUGCUGACUGAAAAGGGGCAAGAAGUGGUGCUUGAAGAAGAACGUGUACAUAUGGACUAUCAUUGCGAGCGAGACCCUCCUAACUGGGUAACUGAUUCCUCCGUAAGUGAUAAAUACAGUUUUAUUUCCGAAAUUGCACGUGGAGAAUUUAGCACCAUUGUCAAGGGAAUUCAAAAAUCUACUGAUACGGUCGUUGUUGCAAAAAUUUUCGAAGUAACUGAUGAUAAUGAAGAUGCUAUAGUUUCGGAAUUUGAAAAUUUCAAAACUUUAAGGCAUGAACGUAUUCCAGCGUUGUUUGGAGCUUAUAAGCCCAUGAACUUACCAAUCGCAAUAUUUGUGAUGGAAAAACUUCAGGGAGCAGACGUGCUUACUUACUUCUGUAGUAGACAUGAAUACUCUGAACAAAUGGUUGCAUGCGUCAUUACUCAACUUUUGGAUGCGUUGCAAUAUCUGCAUUGGCGUGGAUAUUGUCACCUUAAUAUACAACCGGAUAAUGUUGUUAUGGCAUCGGUUCGAUCUAUUCAAGUCAAGCUUGUCGACUUUGGAGCAGCCAAAAAAGUAAAUAAAUUAGGAGUUAAAAUAACACCAACUGGUAUGUUGGACUUCCAACCUCCAGAGAUGAUAAAUGAAGAACCGGUGUUUCCUCAAAGUGACAUUUGGUCAUUGGGCGUGCUUGCUUAUUUACUUCUAUCUGGUUGUAGUCCAUUCCGCGGUGCUGACGAGUAUGAAACUACACAAAACAUUUCCUUUGUUCGAUAUCGUUUCGAAAAUCUUUUCAAGGAAGUUACUCCGGAAGCAACUCGGUUUAUUAUGCAGUUAUUUAAGCGACAUCCCACGAAAAGGCCAUACACAGAUGACUGUCUGGAGCAUAGAUGGCUUAUGUCUUCAGAUUAUAUGGUUCGAAAACGUGAGCGUGCCCUAUUCUUAGGGUGUCGAUUAAAGAACUUUUCUGAUGAAUAUCAUGAACAAAAGAGUAAAACAGCAACCUCAUCCAAGUCUCCUUAUUCAGUUGAGGGUGGACCCACCCCAGCACAACUUCUCCGAUCAAAUAGCAUUGAAGAAGAAUUGCUUACAACCUUUUAGAUAAAUGGAGGAAAAAAAAUAUUUUUAUUUUGCUUUUAUGAUUUUAGGACAUUCAUAUAUUUGAGCAUGCGAAAUAAGAAAGUAACCUAAAAUGAGAUAUAAAUUAUUUAUGUUGUCAUCAAUCAAUUAAAUCAAAAUCUAAUUAUAUAUAUGCCUUAGAAAA